GUGGAUAAAGCCGAGGCUGCAAAGUGCGUCACAUCGCGGAUCUGCCGAGAAGCACCGACAUCGCACCGCUGCACUCCGCUUCUCUGCCACAAGAAACCCACGUCCUCCUCCACCGCCAGCAUGGUGAAGAUCGCCUUUAACUCGGCCCUGGCGCAGAAGGUGCUGGGUAAAGAGGCGCCAGCCGCAGAGAAGGACCCUGAGCUGGCCUCUGCUCCUGUGGGCAACGAGGGCUCCACAGGUCGCUGCCUGCUCACCCUGCUGGGCAUCGCCUUCAUCCUCAGCGGGCUCAUCGUGGGGGGGGCUUGCCUCUAUCGAUACUUUACUCCAAAGAGGUUAUAUCACGGCGCCAUGCAGUUCAAUGACGCGUCAGGUGGAGCUAGAGGAGAGAACCAGCCGUACUACCUGCCCCGGGUCGAGGAGGAGGUGGAAAUCUCUGACAACAUGGCCGUCAUCAGCAUCCCCCCUCCCCGCUUCAGACCUGGAGACCCUGCAUACAUCCUCCACGACUUCAACAGGAAGCUGACAGCCUAUCUGGACCUGACUCUGCGGACCUGCUUUGUGAUCCCUCUGAACACCUCGGUGGUGCUGCCCCCUCAGGACCUCAUUGACCUCUUCUCACAGCUGAUGUCCGGCUCUUACCGCAGCUACCUGGUGCACGAGGACCUGGUGGUGACGGAGCGUAUUGAGGACAUCAAACCUCUAGGCUUCUACAUCCGCCGGCUGUGUGACGGAAAGGAGACGUACAGGAUGCAGCGUCGCUCCAGCCUGCCAGGUGGAGGUAUCCAGAAGCGCUCUGCAGACGAUUGUUUCACCAUCCACCACUUUGAGAACAAGUUUGUGACGGAGACCCGGAUCUGCAAGGCCUGAUGGGAAAGCCUGAGCGUAUACGUCGGAGAGAGAAAGCGAGAAAGAGAGUGAUAGAGAAAGCCAGAGUGACAGAAAGAGGGAGAUGAUGGGAGUGGAAACAGGAGGGAACAACUUUGAGUAGAAGUAGAAAGUUACUUUUGUAUAAAAGACUAACUCCAAUUUUUGCCUCCCCUGCUUUAACCACAGUGAUAAGUGAAUUUAAGUUACAGCAUUAGAGCCUAACCCCCCAGCUCCUCCUGCUCCUCCUCUGCUAUACUCCCCUGAACCUACAUAGGUCAUAACCCUUUUACUCAAGUGUUAACUAGUCUUGUACUGAUAACCUGCGUCAGCCUGCUAACUAAGAAUAUAACUAAGCUUCAUUUAUGUUUUUAUGGUUUUUGUUUUGUUGCCGUAGCUUUCUGCAGACUAAUCUUAUCGUUGUUACUGACGUGUUACAACAUCUCGUCGCCUCCGGACGAGGGUCAUUCUGCUGAAUUAUCUAGAUAUUAGGGGAAGCCAUCCGUCUCAGCCGUGUCUGUGUGUCCGCCCACUCCUCCUGGGGUUUAUAGAGAUAUACUACGUGUUAUAGUGUGAUACAGCACAAGUCACCCAGCGGAGGUACACUACAGUUCAGCACAUGUCUUUGUCAUUUUUUUCUUAUGGAUGGUACCAGAGGUGCACAAGCCCCGAGCUCUCAGUCUGCACUUUGUAGAUAUUUCUGAGAGUACCCUGCGGCUCCCAGAAGCCUCGGCUGUCCCGGUGUGUCAUGAUUUCAUGUAACCCUGACGGUAAACAGUUAAACACCCUAUAUGACCAGUGUAUGUGAUUGUGUAGAAACCUCAUUUGUGACAGUAAACUUGAAGGAUGGUUGAUGAAAGUAUAAGCUAAAGGGAAAUUUGACUCUAGUUUGAAAAUUUUUAUUUAUAAAUUCAUACGGUCCCAUAACAUGGGAUUAUCUUUACUGAGACAGUGAGAAAUAGAUUCUUGUAGGUUGAGCAUCUCUUUUUUAACAAUACUAUAUAUUUAAAAAUGUCACUGCAGUAACAAUUAUCUGCACAAAUAUGUUGAUCGGUGUUGAAAGUCAUAAAGAAAAAGCUUGUAUGAAAAAGUGGCUUUUUGGCAAAUAAAGUCAGUUUCCCACACAAUGUCUGCACAGAGAGACAAUCAGACAGGAAGUGUGCUCGUAAAACUGUUUCUGUCUCCGCUUUUUAACUGAAAACUAGAAGAAUAGAUAAAAAACAAUGUUGUGUACAGCUACUGAACUGAACUUCACUUUGUUGUUGAAUAAAGUUGCAUUUCUUUACCUACUGAA